GCUUGCGUUGAAAGGCUCUAGCUACAGUGGACUUCUUGAACGACAUCGUAUUCACACCAGAAAUGUAGAACAUAUUCUAGAGAGUUUAAGGAGUGAGGGAAUUGAGGUUCGUCUGGUAAAGAGGAGAGAAUAUGAUGAAGAAACUGUCCGAUGGGCAGACGCAGUUAUCGCCGCAGGAGGAGUCUACCUGUGUUGUGUGUCCUCUAGGUGAUGGCACAAUGCUUCUGGCAGCAAGUAAGGUCUUAGACAGACUUAAGCCAGUUAUUGGAGUCAACACUGACCCAGAAAGGUCUGAGGGUCAUUUAUGUCUUCCGGUUCGAUACACACACUCCUUCUCAGAAGCCUUACAGAAGUUCUAUCGUGGUGAAUUCAGGUGGCUGUGGCGGCAGCGCAUCAGGCUGUACCUGGAAGGCACUGGCAUAAACCCCAUUCCCGUCGACCUUCACGAGCAGCAGCUCAGUCUGAGCCAGCAGAGUCGAGCCUUCAACAUUGAAAGAGUCCAUGACAACAAGUCUGAGGCUUCAGGACCCCAACUUUUGCCAGUGAGAGCCCUAAAUGAAGUCUUCAUUGGGGAAAGUUUGUCAUCCAGAAUGUCUUAUUCUUGGGCUGUAGCAGUGGACAAAUUAAGAAGAAGUAUACCCACUCUAAAGGGACUAGCUUCCUACUAUGAGAUUUCAGUUGAUGAUGGCCCAUGGGAAAAGCAGAAAAGCUCAGGGCUCAAUUUGUGUACUGGAACAGGAUCCAAGGCCUGGUCAUUCAAUAUCAACAGGGUUGCACCUCAGGCUGUGGAGGAUGUUCUAAAUAUCGCAAAACGACAAGGACAUCUAAACCUCCCACUGAGUAGAGAAUUAGUAGAGAAAGUAACAAAUGAAUAUAAUGAAUCACUGCUGUAUAGUCCAGAAGAACCAAAAAUGCUUUUCAGUAUUCGAGAGCCAAUAUCCAACAGAGUUUUCUCAAGCAGCCGUCAGCGCUGCUUCACCUCAAAGGUUUGUGUCCGUUCUCGCUGCUGGGAUGCUUGCAUGGUUGUGGAUGGAGGGACUUCGUUUGAGUUUAAUGAUGGGGCCAUCGCUUCAAUGAUGAUCAGCAAAGAUGAUGAGCUGCGAACUGUGCUUCUAGAGCAGUGACGGAUUCCCACAGGUGGCAACAGACUACUUGUUACAAACCUGCAUUUGUCGUUGUUGUUAUGCAACAAGUGGAGACUGGUUGACCCUGAAUUCACAGGUGACCAAAAAAAGAGAUUCACAUUAUUCUGUUGAAGCCUAAUCAAAAAGAUGCUGUGUGUGAGAGUGGAUGCGCUAAACUGAUCAGAACUAAUGCCAGUGAAAAUUUCCAUAUUGUUUACAAUUGGUGUGCAAGAGAGUUGGUGCCUUUUUUAAUUUAGAUGCAAAAACAAAUAAAGGAUUAAAUGUGUAGGAUUUGAAAUUCAACUGCACAAGUUUUUCUUCCUUUCUCCUUUCCCCCUAACUUUGUGGAGUUAGUUAUAUAAAACAUAUCUUGGUUAAUGCAUGUUUUUAUAGUGCUACUUAAGAAUCAAAAUUUUUAAAGUUUUGAUGAUGGAAUCUUUGAAAGAUCCUGAAAUUGACCUGAUUGAAAUAGGGAAAUGUGUUUUUAUAUGUGCAAGAGAUUUUGUAGCUUCAGAGAAUAAUGCUGUUAUGAUUUAAUUUGGACUUCACGUAAUCACUUUUGAAAUUAUUUGUAGGUGUUUUCAUUUGGUUGAUUUUCAGGUUAGUUUUAAGAGUGAGUGGAAUACAUAUCUGUACAAAACAUGCUGUUAAGUAUGUAUUGAUUAUCUUAUCUCGAUUUAAGUGAGUUUUUUUUUUUUUUUUUAAUGAUUUGAGCCUAAUAGAUUUCCUUCAGAUUUAAAACUCUCUGACAUGGAUUCAAAGACAAAAAGGAUGAACUUAUUAGACAUACUCUGUUAGUUUGGUUGAACCUUUAAACGUAUUCCUCUCGGGAGUAUAAGUAGAAAGAAAAUGAAUUCUUUAAUAAAUAAGCAGCACAUGGUAGUUUCAGAGUUUUCACACUGGUUUUCACCUAGCUCUUAUUCCAAGUUUCAUUACUGUCUAUUUCAUCCGCUACUAUGAAAUUGUCUUUAUUUUUAGAGGAAAGCACAAUCUGCUUCCUGAUCUGCUUAUAAGUAAUCCUGGAUGUUUCGCAGCGCUUUUCUGCACGAGACAGUUGGUAUUCUCAUACCGUUUAUGCACAGUUGUUGCCUGUUUUUCACUGCUAUUUACAUUUGUUAUUCAGCCAUUGAAUUAUGUAUUGAAUGCCCUUCUGCCAUUUAUUGUCAGGUGCUGAAUGUUAGUGAAUGAGGCGGUUUCUAUGUAUGAUGAUAGCAACAAGUUUAGUGAGCUCAGAAGCAAUUUCUGUGACUAUUAAGCUGCAUAUCAAAUGGAUUUAACAUUUAACAUGCUCUUUAAAUUUUUAUACAAAGAUAAUCUAGGUUUUGAUACAUAUCCAGAACAGGAAUCUGUUUUUCUUUCCUUGGUUAAGGGUGUCUGGAUAGACACUCAGGACCAUUUACAAUCAUGUAUACAAUAUGAAUUAGUGUUUUCCUAGAGCUGGAUCUAGUUUCUGGUCUGAUUAUCAGUGAUGUACGUAAGAUACUAAUCUAAAAAAAUGUGAAAUUUGAUGUUAUAGAAACUGUCUUUGUAGGUUUAGAAUAUGUUUUUUGACAAAAAAGUGCCAUCUCUUUAAAGUCAAGGAAAUAUAAUGGUAUAAAAUGAUACCAUAAAUCUGUUAAUAUGUAACAUAUUAAUAAGUAACAUCUGUAAAAUUGUUCUGAAGCCAUAUUUUAUAGAUUUUUUUAAAUACUCCAUCGUGCUGACUUGUAAUAUUUCUGCUGUGUGGUGGGGAUUCGUAUGUGUAAAAUGGUAAGAGACAAAGGUUGUUAGUUUAGGAAAAUGUUUCUAUGAAUAAGUUAACUCCUUUUAAUGGCAACUGUAUGUGAAUAAAAUUAAACCAUUGUUUUGUC